UAGAAAGAUGCCUGAUGAAAAACACAUAAAUUGAUACUGUUAGCCAUUUGAACAUAAGAAAACAUGACAGUGCCAUUCCAGCUGAAGCAGUUGUAAAUGUGACAUCAGCAUAUUACUGAGUUUUGAUGAUUUACAAGGAGCCGAUUGGUUGACAAUGGCAGAGGGUGAUGCUAACAAAUUUGUUAGACCAAAACUGCAGCAUGAGAGUAGUGCCAGUGAUGUGAUUCCCAUACCAGAUGACCCUGUUGAUUGUUCAGAAGAGAAUGACAGACGUCUUUGGAUUGGAAACCUGGACACUCGGGUCACAGAGUUUGCCUUGUUGAAGAUUCUACAAAAAUUUGGCAGCUUACAGAGAUUUGAUUUUCUCUACCACAAGACAGGGCCAGACCAAGGGAAACCUCGAGGCUACUGUUUUGUUUCAUACUCCUGCAGAGAGGAAGCUGAAAAAGCAAUGAAAUGUUUGGACAAGAAACUCGCCCUGUCAAAACGGAUGGUUGUCAGAUGGGCACAAAAAGAAGAGGACAGAGAUCAAGAGAGGCCUGGUGAGAAAGGGAGACAGUCAGAAUUAUCUACAAACAAUCUGAGUUCAGAAUCUAAAAUUCGAGCCAUUGAGAUGAAACUGAAGAACAUGGAGCGAUGUGAGCCAGAUUUCAACUUUAGUUCAAAACCAGCUGCAUUGCCAGGUACCAGUAAAUACAGCAGUGCACAUAAAAAUCAGCAGGGGACCAGUCAGAAAAUGUCUGGUUCCAGUUCCAGUCAUAGAGUGAACAGUAAACAAGUAUCUGGUUCCAGUCAUAGAGACAAUAGUAAACCUUACUUCAGGAAGGAUGGCAGAAGAUGACACACAGAUUAAAGACACUAAAGUUUGCAGCCAUGUUUUAUUGUGCAAUAUUACACAGAUACAGGUAUGAGGAGGUUUGAUCAGAGGAGAAACUAAAAUAGUUCUAGCUUAUUGUCUGAUAAGUUCAGUUACUUUGAAAGUUUUGUGAAAAUUACCACCUCCAUUUUUGUAUGGAGUUUUAAAAACUGAUCCUCAUUUUCAAAUAGGUGACAGGUAAGGCAGUUUGUUUUAACAGUGUGUAUGAAAACUUGUAUGAAUGGAAAGGGUAACACUACUGAGUCUGAGUUGUGAAUGAUAUUGAUAAUACUUUCUCCAACCAUUCUGUGUUAGUACACUGUCUGGCAUACACUCGAUAUUGAUAAUACUUUCUCCAAUCAUUCUGUGUUAGUACGCUGUCUGGCAUACACUCGAUAUUGAUAAUACUUUCUCCAAUCAUUCUGUGUUAGUACGCUGUCUGGCAUACACUCGAUAUUGAUAAUACUUUCUCCAAUCAUUCUGUGUUAGUACGCUGUCUGGCAUACACUCGAUAUUGAUAAUACUUUCUCCAAUCAUUCUGUGUUAGUACGCUGUCUGGCAUACACUCGAUACUGAUAAUACUUUCUCCAACCAUUCUGUGUUAGUACACUGUCUGGCAUACACUCGAUACUGAUAAUACUUUCUCCAACCAUUCUGUGUUAGUACACUGUCUGGCAUACACUCGAUACUGAUAAUACUUUCUCCAACCAUUCUGUGUUAGUACACUGUCUGGCAUACACUCGAUACUGAUAAUACUUUCUCCAACCAUUCUGUGUUAGUACGCUGUCUGGCAUACACUCGAUAAUGAUAAUACUUUCUCCAACCAUUCUGUGUUAGUACGCUGUCUGGUCUACACUCGAUAUUGAUAAUACUUUCUCCAACCAUUCUGUGUUAGUACGCUGUCUGGCAUACACUCGAUAUUGAUAAUACUUUCUCCAACCAUUCUGUGUUAGUACGCUGUCUGGCAUACACUCGAUAUUGAUAAUACUUUCUCCAACCAUUCUGUGUUAGUACACUGUCAGGCAUACACUCGAUAUUGAUAAUACUUUCUCCAACCAUUCUGUGUUAGUACACUGUCUGGCAUACACUCGAUAUUGAUAAUACUUUCUCCAACCUUUCUGUGUUAGUACACUGUCUGGCAUAUACUCGGUGAAAUGUGUUGGUAAAUGUGAUUGUAUUUGCAGUGUUUUUAUCAUGAACAAACAAGUCCUUUCUUUAGAUAACUGCAUUGAACUCUAUGUGGAGUUACUUAGCAGAUGCUCUAAAAAAAUAUUUUAAAACCAUUUGUUUUGCAAUGUCAUUUUCGGUUUCUCUAAAGAUGUGGCUUGUGGGUUUAGCAGACAAUAAUACCUGGGUGGGUUGUCACAAAAUAAGGUAUUAGGUUCUUUGUUAUUCUUUAUUUAUUUGGAAUAUUGGGUUGCCAGGUGUCUUGAGCUGUGUAAACUGUAUAGGUAGGAUGCAAUUGGGGAAACUGCAUGUUUCCUUUUCUUGUGUAAGCAGUCAUGUAUAUGGCAUUUCAUUGCCACAAAUGUGAUUGGAUGAGAUUAAGUGUUCAGUCAGUCAUAAACUUGUUUUUUACAAAUAAUUUCUGUUAAAAGUUACUAAUGAUUAAGGUAUAGCAAUAUUAAAUUAUUUCAAGACUGAAGCCAAAAACUGUCAAUGCCAUUCCUACAAAACUUGAACAACAUGUAAUAAGCAAUAAGUAAGUCAGUGAAGUUUGCGCAAAAUACAUCGUUCAAUACUGAA